GAUGCGGUCUGACUCGGAUGUGCUGGGAAUACCUGUAUGACGAGCGUCUGAACAUUCGCUUAGGCGCAGGAGGAGUUCAUCCUCCGAGUCUUCGUUUCACUUUCGCACAUCCUUGUCAGCGAGCAUCUGCGAUGGCAAAAUGGUACCCGACGACGUUGCAAUUGACUCACGCUGACAAAUGGUUAUCUGUACUGCAGUAUCGGUGUCCGUUCAGGCUUGCUCCGUUUGCUGUAUACUUUGACGAUGCGGAAACGCAUCUCCUGAGAGCUGCGCUUGCAGCAACUCGAGUCACAUCCUCUACAGCAUGGCAACCGACUUUCUUCCCGUCCAUCUCAAUACUGCUCAGUCUUGGUAUAUAUAAUGCUAACACGAGGAGCCAUGGAUGUCCUCAUUCAAUCUAUAUCCUCUCAUCUACUUGCUUAGUUAUCUCCAAUGCCUGGUCUCAACUUCAACUCUCAGUCCAUUCGAGUUGUCCAGCACAAUUCUGCCGGUGACUUCUUAUCAGUCGCAUACCCCACUCUUCGCCGCCACGAGCGUUCUUCCAAUAUCAUUCUCGCACAUGCUUUGAAGAGAAUCAGCACUGAGGCUGCUUUGACUGGAUGCCAGUUCAUCACUGACUCUGAAGUCUACCCCAAUUCGCCAUCUACUUCACAAAACUACGAUGACUCAUUCUGGCUCACUGUCUGGUCUACAUCCGCUACCGGGUCCGCUCCUACGCUAGACCUCAUUUUGUCUUGCACUACCAAUACUCUCGGCGACUACCCAGUCUUCUUAUGGACACCUUACACUUCCUCUUCAAAGUCUGCUACUUGGCUUGUUCCCCGCAUAACGGCUCUCAUCCAUCAUCUUCUAACCCGCGUUCACCCCGAACGUGUCUUUUCGGUCUUUGGUUUGACUUCAUUAGUCAAGACCUUUGCAAAACACUGGUCAGAUAUCACAGGCUUUGUCGUAGAGCCAGAACCUUUCUACGCUGCUUAUUUCACGUUUUGCACUCCCGAUACAUUCCAAGAGUCUGCAUAUCAACUCUCGAAAGGGCAUGUUCUCCGUCGAGCAACGCUCGCGGACGUUGACUCCGUUGCUCAGCUCUGCAAGGAAUUCGCCGAUGACUCAAUAUACUUCCCUCUGACCAUCGAUCGGGCCAAAGUAGAAGCGUGCGAGAUGAUAUCAAAAGGACAGAUCUGGGUAUACGAGGCAUCAAAUGACAUAGCUGCCAUCUGUGCUGUUACUCGUAGCUCCGUCGAUGUCUCUGCAAUCACCAAGGUAUACACCACCCCUAAGUGGCGGAGACGGGGAUUCGCGGAACAUCUUGUCCGUUAUGUGACGCGCAGACUUUUCGAUUGUGGGAAAGAGAGCGUUGUGUUGUAUGUGGGUCACGCCAAUAGCGCACAGCGCGUCUACGAUCGAGUCGGUUUCGUAGGACUUUGUGGUAAAUCCAAGCCCGAAGGAGUUGAGGACUCACUCGAACUUGGUUUUGUUGGAUCAAAACGGGGGCACUGGUGAACGGCAUCAUUCAAAUUCAUGAACUGGACUUGGACUACAGCAAAGCUGUGCAUAAACACAUCCAAAGGACUCAUCUAGUUUUCAAUACUUUAAUCAUUCCAGACUUAUUUAUCAUAUUUACAACACUUGGAAUAAUGUUUCUUGCAUCAUAUUAGUAUACUAGUCUCCAAUUGCAGACCUAAUGUAUAUAUGAUAGUCGAUAUUAGACACUGAAAAAUUGUAAUCUGCUGCAAUUUCAUCGCCCUUACUUACCUUCCC